UUGCGGGCAGCGGACCCGCAAGUUAACGGUUGGAUGGGGCGGAAACCGGAGUGCAACGCUUAGGAUUGUUCGAAGUGUGGGUUCGGGAGGGCUGACCCUAUCCCAUCUGCAGCAAGCUAGAGAACUCCGAGCAGACGGUGGUGUGGAAGAUGUUCGAGGACGUGAUAUCUGCGCCUGCAUCAGCAGAUGGGAAGAUCAACGCCAAGAAACUCGCCAACCAGACCGUGCCGAAGGAGGGUAAGCUCUGCGAUCUUUGACCGGCUUUCAAAGAGCACACCAAGCUGUACAUGGCUCACCACUCUAUCGCCAAGUGGCAAAGGCACUGCCACGGGAGUUGCUUGGAGACGUUCCAGGACGGGGACCUUGUCNAUCUGCGCCUGCAUCAGCAGAUGGGAAGAUCAACGCCAAGAAACUCGCCAACCAGACCGUGCCGAAGGAGGGACGGGGACCUUGUCAUCGAGAGCGACUUUGCCGAGAAGUACACCCACCAAUCCUUCAUCAACAUGAUGAUGCCGGUGUACCCGCAGACAACACUCAUGGUGGCCAUCGUACACUUCAACCCGCAGACGCACGUGGGGGGUGGCAGGGUGCACGUGACGGAAACAUGGAUCUUUGCAUCUGAAGACAUGGCGCAUGACUGCGAUUUCCACCUGCACGGCUUGGCCAGGAUGGCGGACUACUACCUGCGUGCAGAUGGGAGCGGAGCAACAGCUUCCUCCCGGAAAGAAGGCCGGACGCCCCGGAUUCACAUGCUCACGGAUGGAUGCGGGAAGCAGUACAAGGGAAGGCGGAAUUUCCGCUUCUUGGCCGACAGCGUGCGGCAAAUCGGCUUCUUCAUCGACCAACACUUCGCGGCCACAUCUCACUUCAAAGGUUGCCAUGAUGGGAUCGGCGGAGUGGCAAAGAACGCCAUGAAGAGGAGGGAGAGAUUUGGCAAGCGAAUCAUGGGGGCGGACGGGGUGGUCAGCUUUUGGCGAUGCUUCUUUCGGGAGAAGGCAGGCAGCGAGGGGGAGGAGGGUAUGCGGAAGUAUUUCGCGAAGUGGUCUCCGUACCGCAUGCGGAGGGUGCACGUCGAGUUUAUUGGCAACAAGGAGAUAUCUCGGCCAAAUUCGGUCCUGGCAGGCCUGGAGGGUACACUAGACAUGUACCACUUCGCGGGAGCAAACAAUCCCAAGUGGGAUGGGUCCACCACGACCGAGGGACUCGAAGAUGACCGCAAGCUGGUACGAAAGAGCGAGAGGCGGGGUAGCUUGUCGAGUCAAGAGAAGAGCAGGUUGCGGGAAGUCAAUGUGUCGGGUGCAGUAGCGAGCAGAUGGAAGGGCAAGGGAGCUGGGUUGCAGGUUCUGGUGUCGGGGGAGGAAGGCGUGACUUGCAGAAAGGUGAAACGGACGUACAGGCUCAGGACUCGGUUGGCGUCGUGCUUCUGCUCGGCGUGCCAGCGUUUCGAGUAUGAGCAGUGCUACGUCAACAAGAAGUACCCACGUCUCGUUCCCGCCUUGCAGGAGGGCGAAGUGAAGGAAACGGUGAUCAUGGACACUGGAGUAGCGCCCGUAGACGAAGAUAACUCCCGAGGAAUCCAGUUCGGGAGUAGGAAGAAGGAAUGCAAGAUGAAGAGAAUUACUGGGACACAAUGGCAGGAAUGCGAAUCUGCUGCUGCGUCAAAGAUUUGGGAAGAGCUUGGUGGGAAGGAAGAGCCCAAUAUUUUUGCCCGUUUCGGGAGAUGGGCUGGUUUUUAAGUGAUGUGCUUCUUGUAUUUGCUUGUGGAGCAGUAGGUGGGGUUCAAAGCCCGUUUGAGGUACAACUUGGGGCU